AUGGAUCCGCGAAUCCUACAAGACCACAUCAUCCCUUCCCUUCCCCCAACCGCCUACUACAUCCCCUCCUUCCUAUCCCCAAGCGAGUCAACUCACAUCUUCAACACCAUCACCUCCCUUCCGCCCCACAAAUGGCACCAACUAACCCACCGCCGCCUCCUCUCCCUCCCUUCGCCCCUCACCGGCACCAAUCGCGACAACCUCCUCGCCACCACCCCUCUCCCAACCUACCUCACGGACCCAAUCCUCACGAGCUUCUCGGAACUAGGCAUCUUCCACGACUCGCCACACAAAGCGCCGAACCACGUACUGGUGAACGAAUACCAACCAGGCCAGGGAAUCAUGCCGCACACAGACGGACCCGCGUAUUGGCCGGUGACUGCGACUGUGAGUUUGGGUGGACAUACGGUGUUGGAUAUUUACGAGAGGACGCCUUCUACUUCUGUGUCGACGAAUGAUUCUGCAGAGGGUGAUGAUUCGGGGUUGCAGAGCAACGAAGUGGCAACGAGGAGGCCAAAGUGGCGCGUCCUCCAGGAGCCGGGGAGUCUGCUUGUCACGACUGGCGAGCUGUACACGGAGACGUUGCAUGGGAUUGCGGAAGUAGAGGUGGAUGAAGAUCUGGGGCCGGAGGAGAUCGCGAAUUGGGAUUUGUUGGGUGAUAAGGCGGCGUAUGAGGUUGACGGCGGGAGAAAGAGGAGGGAGACGAGGAUCAGUCUGACGUAUCGAGACGUGAGGAAGGUUAGCAAGGGGUUAAAGUUCUUGGGGAAACGGUGA